GCACGUCCCCGGAUUCCAGCCAAGCCGUCGCCCCGCAUCCUGCCCGAGAUGAGCUUCCUGAACAGCGAGGUGUUGGGGGGGGACUUGAUGUCCCCCUUCGACCCGUCGGGUUUGGGGGCUGAAGAGAGCCUCGGUCUCCUAGAUGACUACCUGGAGGUGGCCAAGCACUUCAGACCUCAUGGGGUAUCCGACGACAAGGCGCCGGCGGGCUCCUCCUCUUCCGAGUGGCUGCCAGUGGAUGAGUUGGUGGGCGCCUCGGACUUUGGCAAGGAAGAUGCCUUCUUGGGCACGGAUUGGAUGUUGGAGAAGAUAGAUCUGAAGGAGUUUGACUUCGACGGCCUGCUGGCCCUGCCCGAGGAGCUCUUGGCCACGCUGGAUAACACGUCUGACCCCUUUGGCCCACUCGUCCAGGAGAGUGACAAGGAGCCCCCCCAGAUAGAGAUCCCAAUCGGCCAUCUUCCAGAAAGUUCCCCGAAAACAGACCAGGUUGCCCCCUUCACUUUGCUGCAGCCGCUGUCCACUCCAGACCAUUCCUCUAGCUUAGAGCUGGGUAGCGAGGUGGUGAUCCCUGCCGCGGACAAGAAGCCCACUGCCCCCUUUCCUGUGAUCUCUCUGUGCAUAAAGGAGGAGGGUGCCCCUUCAGAUGACGACAGUGGGGUCUGCAUGAGCCCUGAAUCUUACUUGGGCUCGCCCCAGCCUAGUCCCCCUGCUGCCAGGGCCUCGCCCAGUCGGAGCUUGAUCUCCACCGGAGCCCUUAGUGGGCCUGCUCGCCCCAAACCUUAUGAUCCUCCCGGGGAGAUGGUGAUAGCCAAGCUCAAGGGCGAGAAGCUGGACAAGAAGCUGAAGAAGAUGGAGCAGAACAAGACCGCAGCCACCAGGUACCGCCAGAAGAAGCGGGCGGAGCAGGAGGCCCUCACAGGCGAGUGUAAGGAGCUGGAGAAGAAGAACGAAGCUCUGAAAGAGCGUGCAGACUCCCUGGCCAAGGAGAUCCAGUACCUGAAAGAUCUGAUGGAAGAGGUCCGCAGGGCGAGGGGCAAGAAGCGGGUCCCCUAGUUAGGAGUUAAGUGUGCUUGUACAUAGGCUUGCUCUGGG